AUGUUAAACUAUAACCUUAGUAAUAUAUGUGGAAGUUUUUAUACAGGAGGAAAGUUAGCAUUCAGCGAAGAUGGCAAUUCAUUAUUUGUUCCAAUAAAUAAUAGAAUAAAUGUAUACGAUUUAUGUAGCAAUACAUGUAAUACAUUAGUUUCAGAAAAUAGAAAUGACUUAAAAUAUAUAGCUAUUCAUCCUAAUAUGGAUAUAUGUAUAACUAUCGAUAAAUUUGGAUAUGGUUGUGUUAUUAAUUUAUUAAAAGAUAAAAUAAUAGGUAGAAUUUUAUUUAAAUCAAAAACAGGUAUAGUCACAUCUUUCAAUUAUAAUAAUAUUUUCACACCUCAAGAAGAACAAGAUUCUGUUAAUUUUGCUACCUUUACAAAUUAUGGAAAGUAUUUUUUAGUUGGUAUAGGAAGAAGGGUGGUCAUAUGGAAUACGCCAUCUAAACAUAAUAAAUAUCGAUUAGUAAAAUAUAACGAUUUAUGUUACCACUCUUUAAAUAUUAUAUCAAUAGAUAUAUCAACUGAUGAUGAAUAUUUUUUAACUACCUCAUAUGAUUUAACUAUAAGGAUACAUACAAUUAGCAAAAAAAAAAAAAUACGCCCAACUGUUCUUAGUGGUAAUAAAACCACUAUAGUUGGAGCAUUUUUUUCAAAAAAUAGAGAUUUUAUUUUUAGCGUUAAUAAAUCGGGCCUCAUAAUAGUCUGGUCUUACGAGCUCGCCAAGGUGGGCCCAGAAGAGGGGGAAGAGGCGGUGGAGGAGGUUGAGGCUGGCGAAGUGGGCGAAGCGGAAGGUGGCCAAGUGGACGGUGGCAAGGUUGUGAAGGCAUACAAAAAGAGGUGGUGCUAUAAAAAAAUAUAUUAUUGUAAUCAAGAUAAAAACGAAGAAGUCGUUAAAGCGUGUUUUAAUAAAUACCGUGAUUUAUUAGUUAUUGGGUAUAGUAACGGGAAGUUUGCUAUUUAUAAUACCCCUGAAAUGAUGUCAUUAUAUAAUAUUAAAAUUAACACAAAUAUAAUAGAUGAUAUAGUAAUAAAUAAAGAUGGAGAUUGGAUUGCUUUAGCUGAAUCUACAAAUGGAACUAUCAUAGUAUGGGAAUGGCAAAGUGAAAGCUAUAUAUUAAAACAAUUUACUAGCAAUAAAAAUAUAAAAUGUGUAAAAUUUUCGCCAAUCAUAAGUCAUUUAAAGAUAGGAAGUAAUAUAACUAAUAAUUCAAUGUCAUAUCAUGAGUCUGAUAAUUUUACAAGUAAAUUUAUUAUAGCUACAGGAAAUGAAGAUGGAACAAUAAAAUUAUAUGACUAUUUAUCAUAUAUUAAUUUUGUAACAUUUACUGCACAUACUAAUAGUGUUACAGAUAUAUGUUUUUUACCACAAGGGAAUGCAUUUAUUUCAUGUUCUUUAGAUGGAACAUUAAGAGCAUUUGAUUUAUUACGAUAUAGAAAUUUUAAAGUAUAUACAGCAGAUUUAUUAGAGGAAGAUAAUAAUUUUGCUGCUAAAAAUAGCAAUAAUAAUAUGAACGAGUCAGGUAAAAUUGUUGCCAAAAAAAUAUCUAAAAAAAUUAAUGUACAAUUUUUGUGUGUGAAUGUGAAUGUAAGUGGAAAUAUAGUUGCUGCUGGAGGAAGAGGAAAUGAAUAUAUUGUAUAUAUAUGGAAUAUACAAACUGGAAAAUGUAUAGAUAAAUUAUAUGGUCAUAAUUCUCCAAUUACAAAAAUAUGUUUUAGCACAAAUUUAAAAAAUGAAGGAGUUAUAGCUACCUGUUCAUGGGGUAAUAAUAUUCUUAUUUGGGAUUUAUAUUCAAGAAGAAAUAAAGGAAGUAAAUUUGAAGAAAUUAUGAAUUCACAAAGUAUUUCAUAUAUGUGUUUUGAUCCAAGAGGUAAUGAUAUAUUAGCAGUAUGUACUUUAGGGUGCAAAAUCAUUUUUUGGGAUAUAUCGGUGCAAGAAAUUGUCGGAACUAUAGAAGGUGCAAGAGAUAUAAAAAGAGGAAGAUUAUUAGGAGAAGAAUAUUCAGCUAUUCCUAAAAUUAAUAAUAAUAAAAAAAAAAGAAAUAGAAAAGAUGGAAAUUAUCCUUAUGUAGAUGAUUUAGAAGAUCAAGGAAAAAAUACUGUUGUAAAUCAAAAUUGUUAUUUUACAUGUAUCGAUUAUAUACAUAAUGGAAAUUAUUUAGCAGGGGUAGCCAAUACAAGUGUUAGCUUAUAUAUAUAUGAUACAAAUAUAUAUUUAUUAGUUAAAAUAAUUGAUUUAACAAAAAAUUAUUGUAUUGAUGGAAUAAAAAGAGAAAUAUCAUCACGAUAUUUAACAAGUGAAGGGAAACAUAUAUAUGAAUAUGAUAUAAGUGAUGAAGAAGGUGAUAUAUAUUUAGAUAAUUAUAAAAUAUUGAAUAGAAAAAAAAAAGAAAAUAUAUUGCCUGGUCAGGUAAAUGAAAAUUUUUUAAAUAAUAAAUUUAAAAAAUAUAAAUUAUUAUUAAAUUAUAUUAACAUAUCAGGAGAUGAUAGACAUAUAGCAAUUGCAAGUAGUAUCGGAUUAUAUAUUCUAACAAAAGACCAUCAAUAUUAUUAUGUACCAAAUUCAAAAAAUUUAUAUAAAGGUUUAUUAGUUCCUAUUAAUUAUGAUCCUAAAUUUUUAACACAAAAUGUUAAUGUAAAAAAUUUUAAGCUUUCUUUAAAAAAAAAAGAAUAUAUUAAAGCUUUUAUUCUUUCAUUAGCUUUAAAUAAUUAUGAACAUAUUUUAGAGGUAUAUGAAAAUGUCCCAUAUAAUUUAAUCCCUUUAUGUGUUAAAGUUUUAACAAAGCCAUUUAUAUAUAUAUUAAUAAAUUUCAUAAAAACGUUAUUACUAAAUGAUACAAUCAAGCAUAUACAUUUGCAUUUAUAUUACCUUAAUUCAAUUUUUACAAUUCAUUUUAGUAUUUUUAUAAAUAGCGAUUUUAGUACAGUAGUUAAAAAUACUAAUGUAAUGACUAAAAAUGAACAAGAUAAUAAAAACCCUCGAACUUCUAUUUCAACAAUUUCAGAUGAAUAUAGAAUAUCUCUUCUUUUUAUAUUAAAACAAAUUAUUACUCUAUAUAAUGGAUUACAAUAUAUAUAUACUAAUAAUAUUAAUGUUUUAAAAUAUUUGAGUCUAGAUUUUUUACCAUAA